UUGGCGGCGCACAUUCAAACACACUCAAGUUUUUGCCGUCUUAGGAACGAGCAGCGGUAUUCCUAUAUUUGUUGACGCGUAAAUAACAUGGCAGCCGUCAUGGCUAACCUAUGGACAGUGGUCCUGUUUGCGUUCACUCUCAACACUUUCGCUUUCGCAUUGCCCAGUGAGAAAAAGCAUUGCCCAGAGCCGAAUUGCCCCGGCAAGAACUGCAGGACGAAAUUGGACGCCGAUGGAUGCCUCAUGUGCGACUGCGACUGUCCGCUGCUCGUCUGUGGCCCUCAUUGUCGUCAACAGGAGGACGUCCACGAGGGAAAAUGCCCAGAGUGCAUUUGUGAUGAGCAACAAGACAGUCCGACCGUGGGCGCUGUAGAUCCUCAUAAGAUUCGCUGUUUGCCGCCGAAGUGUGAGCGAGAGGACUGCAUCUACGUGUUAGGAGACCACGAUUGCCUGGUGUGUCGCUGCGAUAUCCGAUGUCCCACCUGUGGCGCGGACUGCAAGGCCGAGAGUGACUCAGGACCAGGACACUGUCCGCGAUGCAUUUGCAAAGGGGAACACCAUGCGCCUGCACCAUGCUCCCCGCCGAAAUGCGACGGAGAGGACUGUCAUUUGGAAGUGGACGACCGUGGCUGUCCUGUCUGCAAAUGCACCAAGGACUGCGCCGAGUGCGCGCCAGGAUGCGUUCGGGACGCGUCAUUGCAAGAAGGAGGAUGUCCUCCCUGCGUCUGUACAGACGCACCUAAAGUGGAAUGCCUCCCGCCGAAGUGCGACGGAGCCAACUGUCGAUUAGUGCCGGGGGAUCACGGAUGCUUGAAAUGCGAGUGCAACGGUAACUGCACCGCAUGUCCACCAGGAUGCGCUCGUGAAGACGUGCAUAGUCCUGGAGCAUGCCCACGUUGCGUGUGUCCGGAGGCGGUGACAGGUGGUGCCAGUCACGACGCACGUACAGGCGUCCAGUGUACCCCUCCUAAAUGUGAUGACCCCGGAUGCCGUGUGGUCGAAGGCGACCAUGGGUGCCCUACAUGCCGUUGCGACGUUAAUUGUCCGCCAACGAGUUGCCAUCCUGGCUGCCAUCCAGAGGAACAUACUUCCCAUGGGCGGUGUGCACGAUGCAUUUGCAAAGAUGGGACUGUAGACGAACCCGAUGACGAGCCUUGCUUUACACCGCUUCUACGCAAGACCCUUCGUCGUCUGGCACAACUGGAAAACAAGCUCAAGGCUCUACACACAUCCGUACUGCAUCAGUCGGCAAGGUUGGAGAGACUUUCGAACAUGCAACUCGCCAGACACGAGGACACCAAUGGAACAUCUGACGGGACACAUCACCAUCAUCCGCAGAGAGACCAGGGUGAUCACCACGACCACUUUGGUCAUGGGCAUCAUCCUCAUCAUGGGCAUCAUGGUCAGCACGACAGUCAUCAUCACUCUCACCACUUGCAUGAAGACCAGGAUAGUUUUAGCGAACGCAAGGCCGAAGCAUUUGCAGAGCCAAAGUUGUCAGAAACCGAGUACGACUUCGCCAUAUGCAGAAUGACGCCGAACACCGCGAUCCCUGAACACGAGCAACAGCCUGUUCACGGACUCAUCAGCCUCUGGCAACAGAAAGGUACUAAAAUCCUGAACGUCCUCGUUCAACUAACUGGCUUCAAAACGCACCAGCACAACAAAAUUGGUGGACAUGUGCACGACCAUCGAGCUUACAUGCACGGAAUGCACGUUCACACUGACGGCAACCUGACUGAAAGCUGUCAGUCUACGGGAAGUCACUAUAACCCGAUGGGGACUAAGCAUGGAGCGCGUAAAGGGAGUCCAAGACACGUCGGAGACUGGGGCAACAUCGUCUGCGACAAACACGGUGAAGUUAAUGUCGUUUUCACGGACACAGUUGCGUCCCUAACGGGCGAGUGGUCCAUCGUGGGUCGCUCCAUCAACGUUCAUGCGCACAUGGACGACUUGGGAAAGAACCCAGAUAUCCCGGCCAGUGCACGGACUGGCAACUCUGGUCCCCGCGUCGGGUGUUGCAUCAUCGAAAAAGUCAGUAAACUCCCGCAGCUGGCAACCAGGGCUGCAAAGAGGAUGUUACGAGAAAUCAUCCAGCCCUUGCACGAAACUAUCGAGUAAAAGGCGGAAAGCUGUCUUUGAUUACGUUACGAUGUAAGAAUAAUUAUUCUAGAAGCUAGCCUCGAUGUAGCAGGAGCAGCUGUACCGAAGCUUUUAUCUUAUUGAGGUUUAUGAUCGAUAAAGUUGUACCAACCUUGUCGGUUGCCUUGGAAGCAUCAAUAAACUUUUUGUAUACUUUUGGCUACUCUACGUGUCUGUAACAAUAUUGUUAAUAAAAUGUGUAUUGAACGUGA